AUGCCAGAGGUCAAUGAGUGGAGUGAAGUAGGAGGGCCAGGAGAUACUGUGAUUCCAAGCACCAGCCAUACAACUACAGGGAAGUCGCCGCAAAACAAAGGUGGUUCAUUUGUUGCAACCGACGGUCUAGCAGCUGAGUUUCCUCAGUUUCAAUCAUUCGCAGGCCACAACAAGCCACCUUUCAUGCUGCAGCUUUUGGGAGACUACUUGGUUUCUGUCAGUACAACGGAAACAAUCACUUGGAGAGUCGGCUCCUCACUGCUGAACGCAGCAGCAGAUCUCGCGCCUUUAGGUGGCAUUGGCCUGCUGCAGCCGUUUAAGGAGCGACCAGCUUCGUCAACUCAUAUGGUGGCCGACUCCAACUCCAAAAACGAGGAGAAACAUAUGCUACAAGAUACUCAUUGUGAGCAAAGUGCGCUACCACAACCCCAAGAGCCACCGCGAGCUCAUCCGCAGCCGUUGAACCACCCUUUGCAGCUGCCACUACAAGCAGCACAAGAAACACUUUGUCCAAUAGCAGCUCCCUGCUCCUCAAGCGAAGCCACUGUGCCUCCGUCGUUCUCCCGAGUUGGAGGUAAUGAGCUGCUUCAUUGUGCCACGCCGAAUCUUGCCAGCGCUUCAGCCACAGGCGGUUCUGUUGCUGAAGCUGCUCCUGCUGCUGUCUCUGGAGAUGCCGAAGCUCCAGCCUCCGCCGCAUCUCCAGUGGUGGCUAGUGCUUCUCAGACAAAACAGACUGAGGAAGAAGCUUCUGCUCGUGCCGAUGCGGUGAGUAGAGGACCACAGACUGGGCUGCGCACAGUUUCACCUGACUUAAGGGGCAAGCUACCGGAAAGUGGAGAGAGCGAUACACUAGGAAACAAGGAUGCUCCGAAUGCCGAAGUUUUCCGCGGGGUUCUUGAGUGGUGUGCACCUAUUGAGGCCAGCUUAGAGUCUGGAAGACUAUUGGCUGUGUCACAACAGCAACAGGAGCCAACAGCUCAACUAAGUAGCAUUGUAGACGGCGCCGUUGCACGCCAUGUAAUUGGCACUGCGGUAGCAGACUGCCGCAGUGGCUGCCUGUGGAGGCCUUUAAAAGGUGUCCUGGCUCAUGCUGUUGGCCGAUGGGUUCUGAUAGAAAGGCUCUCCACCCCUUCACCAUCCCAGGACGGCAAGUGUCUUGGCCUUCUUCCUGCAUUGUUGGAGCGCACAGCAUUUGCGCGCCUCCAGCAGCAAGAACUGUCAGCAGAAUCCCCCAGGCGAAGAGGAGCAUCACUUCACAGGCAACAACGGCAGUUGGAACUGCUACGACAGUGCGGUGCAGUGGCGCACAUGCCCCGAAUCUCGGUCUUGAGGCAUCCAAUAGUUGGACGCACGAUCUCAUUCUCCAUCGACAUCAAGGCCCGCAUAGCCGCUACCAUCAGCGGUGAGGUAUUUUCAUGGCUUCUGGACCCUUUCCAACGACUCCCUGAUUCCAUCGUUUCAGUGUACCGCACUUGCAAGAGCGUAACGCAUACACGCCUAAGAUGA